GGCCGCCGUAUGAUGUCGUGGCGUUUGUUGCGUCCACAGUUAAGACAACUAUUCCUCCAAUCUCCGGGUUUUAUUGCUUUCUUUCUCAACACGAAUACAUUUACGAUAACAUCUUCAGUGGGUCAAGAUGAGGCGCGCCGGUUUAGGUGAAGGAGGGCCUGGAAAUUAUGUAGCGAGUGGAUACAGCGUUUAUGAAGAGGAAAACGAGCACCUACAGGAAGGACUGAAAGCUAAAGUUAACGCCUUGAAAAGUCUGUCCAUUGACAUUGGAACUGAAGUCAAAUACCAAAACAAAAUUUUAGAGGAUAUGGACACAGACUUUGACUCGACGGGCGGACUGCUCGGAGCCACCAUCGGCAGAGUCAAGCGGCUGUCCAGAGGCAGUCAGACCAAACUCCUGUGCUACAUGCUGCUCUUCUGCUUGUUUGUCUUUUUUGUCCUGUAUUGGUUCCUCAAGUUGAGGUGAUGAGAACAGCGUUUUGGAGGUGGCCCCUCUAGUUCCACAUCUUCAGGAAGUGAGGAUGAUCAAGAAAGACAGGCAAUUUUUAUUAAAUGACUUGGCUUUAUGUGCUCAAGUCUCUGAAGUUUUACCCACAAUGAUACCAAUUUGAGUAGAAAAAUGAUCCAGAAAAAAUUGUGUUUAUUGUAAUCUGAAUAAGUAAAACUGGUAAAGUGAGAUGGAAAGGUCUAAGAUGAUAUGCGAAAACAUCCUGUAUUCAGUUUAAAUACCUGAAGCAGCAUCAGUGUUUGUAUUUGCUUUAUGAACGGAUCGCCUGAAAUACAGAGAACAUGCUAGAUUUAAUGAACAAUGGAGAAAGAUCCCACUGUCAUUAUUUUCCUUUUUUUUCCCUCCUGUCCUGUGAACUUUUAGUUUAUUGUUCAGUACAUUGUAAGUAUUUCAAGUUUUAUAAAGAUAUGAGCACACAGUCCAGGGCGUUUGUGUUCAGGACUGAGCGGCUAUAGGCAGGAUUCUGUGCAACGAAGGGACACAUCGCUGGGCUCGACCUGGUUUGUUUGGCAGAGCCAAACUCCUAAAAAUGGAUAACAAGGCAGUUAACUGUGAACAACACCAAAACACCUAAAAAGAUGUAUUAAAGUUGUGACAUAGUCCAAGGGGCCAUGGAUCCAGGACAUUUUGAGCUCUCGACCCCCAAGCACUUUGAAACGCCUGAAGUAAUUUCUAUAUUUUGUAACUCAGAAUGGAAAAACUGAGACGGGACUUAACUGCGUGGAGAACAUAAUAAUUAUAUGUCCUAAAUGACUUUUAUGCACACACCUUUUCUAAUGCUGAGCUCCUCUUUCAUAGUUAACUAAGCCCCAGUUAUUCACUCUGAAAUAUCGUGUCCUCCAAGGUAGUAGUGUUGUCUGUUUCAGUCACUGUCCAGAAAAAGAAAACAAGCGGUCAUUCAUUUUCUACUUCUUUGGGUUUAAAAUAGAUGUAAUUUCUGUAAACUGCAUUAAAAAUCAUCAGCAUCAAAAAUUAGACAAGUUACUUAAGUGGUAAAAUAUGGCUUUAUUCAAUUUCAUUAUUGAAUUGUUAGAAAUUUACAAAUCACUAAAAUGUACAUUUGUUAGGUUCAUUUCAAUGUCAUGACUGACUGUUUUUUUCUUCUCGAUGCACACGCACCAACUCAAGUGCAAACAUUAGCCCAGUAUAUUGUUUAAUCUUUGUAAAAAUGUUAUUAAUGUAAAUAAAACUUUAUGAUCAGAA